CCAUUUUCUCAAGUGGAGGAAGAGGUGACACGAGCUCUGAUGGAUGUAGAGAGCAAAGCACGCCGGGUGCCCACCAUGAUAGGAAGGAAGCAAGUCACAGAACGGUCCACAGCCGGCUGGGCUGAGACUCUGGUCUGGUGAAGGGUCUGCUAAGGCAGCGUGCAUCUGGAAAUCCUGACCAAAGGAAAAUGGGGAGUGAGAGCAGCAUUUGAGGAUUCCGCUCCGAUAGGCAAAGCACUUCCCCCACUGUGGUCCAAGUCUUUUCUGCCCUCAGACCUGAUGGCGACUUGGAGCUCUUCUUGGUGCUGACAUGAUGACAGUGUGCAGGCCAGCCAAGGGCAGCCACAUCCAGACUGAAAGCCUGAGCUACAAAUUGGCUGACAAGGUCAAGGUGGAAGGUCCAAAGGCUGGGGAAGACCCUCGAAGGCUGCCAUUUAAGCCCCCCAUUCCUUUCCCAGAGACUGAUCAGGAUUCACCCCCCAGAAGAAGCUCAUUGGAAAGACUCAAUAACCUGAUGCUAGAGUCAAGAGUGGACUGUUUUCAGCAGAACAUGUUCAGCUCAAAUAUGAUCAUCAGCGACGCAGCUUCAGAUCUCAGUGCUAAAGAAGCCAGCAAGGCGGGCAAGAGGCAGCUCAGUGGCAUUCAGAACCCCUGCCCUCCUACCCGAGGCGGGGCCCUGCACAAGCCCCUCAGCAUAAAGGACAAGAUAUCCGAAUGGGAAGGGAAAAAGGAGUUGCCCCCUCCUGCACCGGGCAGGAAAGCAGAUGGGCAGGAGGACUACCUGAUGUCCUGUGUGAUGGGGAGGAGAAGCAGUGAUGGUGUGAGAGCGUGGGUCCCGGAGGUUCAGGAUGGAACCAGGCCCGAGACAGAGAGCAAGGAAAAUGAGAGGAAUAAAGGGGUCAUGAAAGUCGGGGGGCAGGAUGCAGAGCCAAGGCAAGACCUCAGCCAACCAGCCGGGCAGCUGGCACCCAGCUUGGGCAGAGGCCGAGAGCCCAGGCUGGGCAAGCAGCGCUUUCCGAACGAUAGCCUCUCUGUGCUGAGGCAGGUCAAGAAACUGGAGCAGGCUCUGAAGGAUGGGUCGGCAGGGUUGGAUCCCCAGUUACCGGGGACUUGUUACUCCCCACACUGCCUGCCGGACAAGGCUGAGGAUGGGCCCGCCCUUCCUGAGAACCGUGGGGGCGGGCGUGGCUCGGAAUUCAGGUCCUACCCCUGGGACCUGGAGGCUAGGGAGCCCGCUCCUGAGGCCGCAGAGGAAAGGAAAGGCUCGUGCAGGAGGCCCUGCGACCAGAGCCUGGAGGGUGUGGACAGGGGCUCGGAGGGCUCCCCUGCAAAACCCUUCAUCAACCCCCUGCCCAAGCCCCGGAGAACGUUCAAACACGAUGGAGACGGGGACAAGAACGGGGACCCAGGCAUCAGCUUCCGGAAGAAUAGAAGGCACCUGCCUCCUCUGCCUUCUCUCCCCCCCCCGCCCCUGCCCUCCUCCCCCCCGCCCUCCUCUGUGAACAGAAGACUCCGGACUGGGAGGCCGAAACCCAGUGCUGACCACAGAAAGUCCUAUGAGUUUGAAGACUUACUGCAGUCUUCCUCUGAGAACAGCAGGGUGGACUGGUAUGCACAGACUAAGUUGGGGCUCACACGCACUUUAUCAGAGGAGAACGUCUAUGAAGACAUUCUAGAUCCGCCAAUGAAGGAAAACCCUUAUGAGGACGUUGACUUACACGGUCGCUGCCUGGGGAAGAAAUGUGUCUUGACCUUUCCUGGUUCUCCCACUUCUUCCAUUCCUGACACACCCUCCAAGCAGUCAUUGGCCAAACCUGCUUUUUUCCGGCAAAAUUCAGAGAGGAGGAACUUCAAAUUGCUGGACACCAGGAAGCUGAGUCGGGAUGGAUAUGGGUCCCCUUCCAAAAUCAGCCCCCCCUCCACCCCCAGCAGCCCUGAUGACACUUUCUUUAACCUUGGAGACCCACAGAAUGGCAGGAAGAAGAGAAAGAUACCCAAGCUGGUGUUGCGAAUCAAUGCCAUUUAUGAGGCCCGGAGAGGGAAGAAACGCGUGAAGAGGCUCUCCCAGUCCACGGAGAGCGGCUCGGGAAAAGUGACAGAUGAAAACAGUGAGUCUGACAGUGACACGGAAGAGAAGCUGAAAGCUCACAGCCAGCGCCUGGUCAAUGUGAAGUCCCGCCUGAAGCAUGCUCCCAGAUACCCAUGCCUUGACCGGGAGCUCAUGGAGUACCAACAGAGGCAGCUGUUCGAGUACUUCGUGGUCGUGUCCCUACACAAGAAGCAGGCCGGGGCUGCGUAUGUGCCAGAACUCACCCAGCAGUUCCCUCUCAAGUUGGAAAGGUCUUUCAAGUUCAUGAGAGAGUCUGAGGACCAGCUGAAGGCUAUCCCUCAGUUCUGUUUCCCUGAUGCCAAGGACUGGACUCCUGUCCAGCAGUUUACCAGCGAAACCUUCUCAUUUGUCUUAACUGGAGAAGAUGGGAGCAGACGGUUUGGUUACUGCCGAAGACUGCUGCCUGGUGGCAAAGGGAAGCGUCUCCCUGAAGUUUACUGCAUCGUGAGCCGCCUGGGAUGCUUCAGUCUCUUUUCAAAGAUCUUGGAUGAGGUGGAAAAACGGCGAGGCAUUUCUCCUGCCCUGGUACAGCCCCUCAUGAGGAGUGUCAUGGAAGCCCCUUUCCCAGCACUGGGCAAAACCAUUGUUGUCAAGAACUUCUUGCCAGGAUCGGGAACUGAGGUGAUUGAACUGUGCCGCCCACUGGACUCCCGGCUCGAGCACGUAGACUUUGAGUCUCUCUUCUCCUCUCUCAGCGUCCGCCACCUGCUCUGUGUGUUUGCCUCCCUGCUUCUGGAAAGAAGGAUCAUCUUCAUCGCAGACAAGCUCAGCACGCUGUCCAAGUGCUGCCACGCCAUGGUGGCUGUCAUCUACCCCUUCACCUGGCAGCACACCUACAUCCCUGUGCUGCCGCCCGCCAUGAUCGACAUCGUGUGCUCACCAACCCCCUUCCUCAUCGGGCUGCUCACCAGCUCGCUGCCGCUGCUCCGGGAGCUGCCACUGGAAGAGGUCCUUGUGGUCGACCUCGUCAACAAUCGGUUCCUCAGACAGAUGGAUGACGAGGAUUCCAUCCUCCCCAGGAAGCUUCAGGUGGCCCUGGAGCACAUUCUGGAGCAGAGGAAUGACCUGGCUAGUGACCAGGAUGAAGGGCCCCCAGACUGCAAGCAUGGCCCCCAGUCCAGCCCCUUGAACGAGGUGGUGUCCGAAGCCUUCGUCCGCUUCUUCGUGGAGAUCGUGGGCCACUACUCCCUGUUCCUGACGGCGGGCGAGCGCGAGGAGAGGACCCUGCAGCGAGAGGCCUUCCGCAAAGCCGUCUCCUCCAAGAGCCUCCGCCGCUUCCUGGAGGUUUUCAUGGAGACCCAGACCUUUCGGGGCUUCAUCCAGGAGCGGGAGCUGCGCCGGCAGGAUGCCAGAGGUCUGUUUGAGGUCCGAGCCCAAGAGUACCUAGAAACACUCCCCAGUGGAGAACACAGCGGCGUCAAUAAGUUCCUGAAGGGACUCGGCAACAAAAUGAAGUUUCUCCACAAGAAAUAACCUUCAGCUCA